AUGAGCACCUUGGCCGCCCUCCAGGAGGGCUACCAGCACUUCGACCCCCGCGCCUACCUGCAGAACAACUACCUGCCCCCCCGGGCCGACUUCUCCUCCGAGGAGUUCGUGGUGCCCUGGAAGCUGCGAUGCCUGGCCGAGACCUUCGCCAGUGGUGAGAUCCACGGGCGCACGCUGAUCGACGUGGGCUCGGGUCCCACCAUCUACCAGCUCCUGAGCGCCUGCGACCACUUCGAGGAGAUCGUGGCCACCGACUACCUGGCGGUGAACCGGGAGGAGCUGGGGCGCUGGGUGCGGGGGGAGCCUGGCACCUUCGACUGGAGCCCCUUCAUUCAGCACGUCUGCAAGAUCGAGGGACGCGGGGAGCCCUGGCAGGAGAAAGAGCGUCGGCUGCGGGACCGCCUGCGCCGCAUCCUGCCCAUCGACGUCCACCGUCCGGACCCGCUGGGCGCCCCGUUGCGCCCGCCGGCCGACGCGUUGCUCUCCGCUUUCUGCUUGGAAGCCGUCAGCCCCGACCGCGCCGCCUUCGCCCGGGCGCUGGCACACGUGGGCUCGCUGCUGCGGCCGGGGGGCCACGCGCUGCUGCUGGGGGCUCUGGGGGAGUCCUUCUACCUGGCGGGGGCCGCCCGCCUGCCCGUGGUGCCGCUGGCGGAGGACGACGUCCGGACGGCGUUGACCGGCGCCGGCUUCGCCCUUCGCGACUUCCGAUCCUACGCCAUGCCGCCCGCCCUCCGCACCGGCGUAGACGACGUCGACGGCGUCUUCUUCGCCCACGCGCAGAAGCCGCUGGAGGCCUGA